CGAUAACUUCGAAAUAAAAAAACGGCGAUAUCCGAGCAAUCCAACCAACAUUCUGUACAAGAAAAAUUGGUAGGAGAAAUAGAAUAUAAAUCCACUAACUGGACGAAGAAAAUUAUUGAGAAGAUCAUUUCCUUUCAAACCACUUCAAGUAUCUGAUUAGUUUGUUAACUUCUAAUUUAUCUUCAUGAUGUUUAAACAAUACAUGAUCCUAUUAGUUAUCGGUGUUUUGGGAAGCUUCCUAUGUGAAAUUGAAGGCACACCAGUUAAAAUGGUGAUAUGCAAUGAAUGGUAUUAUGAAAACUGCAGCAAGGCAACUGUGUACUUUGAAGUCAGAAAAGUAUCUGCCGGUAUGUCAGGGUUUGUAGGAAAGAACAGUUAUGAAAAUUAUUUGACGGAUGUUUCUACCAAUUUUCCCAAAAUUCACCAUCAACCUACUCAAAUCUCCAACCAAGAAGUAACAGAGAAUAAUCAAAUUAAAAACACGUAUGAAAAUAUACCAGCUAAUAUUCAAACCAAAGACUCAUUUGAAAAUAUACCAGCUAAUAAUCAAACUAAAGACACAUAUCAAAAUAUCACAGCUAAUAAUCAAACUAAAGACACAUAUGAAAAUAUCACAGCUAACAAUCAAACUAAAGACACAUUCGAAAAUAUACCAGCCAAUAAUCAAACUAGGGACACAUUUGAAAAUAUACCAGCUAAUAAUCAAACUAAAGACAUAUAUGAAAAUGUAGCACAGGGUAUAUUUGAAAAAAAGCAUGCCAUUAAUGAAACAGAAAUAUACAAAAUGAAAAAAAGUAUUAAUAAUAUUAUAUAUUAAUACACACACGUUUAUAUUUAAAUAUUCAUACAUACAUUCAUUGUGUUUACAAAGUUAUUACUUCUUUUUAACUGUUUAUAGAAGUUAUUGAAAAAAAAAAAACAACAAAUAACUUAGAAAGUUAUAGUGUUAAAAAUCCAAAUCUGGGUCUGUUAUUAGUCUUGAAGUGUUUAAUAUACAAUUAAAAAAGUAUCAACUUUGGAAUCACGCAUGUAGGUAUAUAUUAAUAAUUUUUAAGAUGCUUUUUUAUAUCUUUGCAUAGGUUUAGAAAAUAAGUGAAAUUAAUAAUAU